AUGCUUCGCCGCGCUUCCAUCACCCUCGACCAAAUCUUGGCGUCUGUGAGCCUUCAGAACGAUGAAGUCGUUAGGACACCCGAGCCAGUCCAAGCCGUGUCUCCUAUGCUUUCGGAAAAGGAAAAGAAUGUUGAGAAGGAGGAAACUCCGUCCACUUCUGUUCUAGACCACGCGGAAGAAGCGGAGAUUUCGGACGAGGGCACCACGCUGUCUACUGCCUCGGCGGAAGAUAUUCCUCUGACGUUGGAGCUGCUCUCUCCAAGCUACAUGAUAAGAAGCAGCAAUGGAGUCAGGUAUCACUUUUAAUUUUUUAAUGGCCAUUGUUCAUUUUCCAGCUACUGCUUCAAAAGCUACUCUCAACGCCACUUCAUGGGGUCUUCUUGCGGUGAUGAUCGUUCAAAACGUCACGAAACACGUCAGCAAGAGUCGAGCAAUCCGCGUGUGCCUCUCAAGAAGAAUGGGUUGCCGAUCAACCUUCCCGCCCCAUCGGAGUCGGUUUUUGAAUACGACAGCACUUGUGAGUGA